GUCGACUUUGUGGUUGGCUAUGCUAGCACGUGCACAUGUAGUGAAAAAGCUAUACGCCUCCCAACCAAAGCAAGCAGGUUUCCGUAUUUUUCGAAUCAGAGAAGGUGUAGUUUAAAUAUCCGUGGGUUGGCGCUUGCUGUAACUUUUGUGAUCGACCUGGGGAGGCCUUGACGGGUGAAUGGCACUUACGUCCAUGAGCUCUGGCUCCAGUAGUCCUCAGUGGGAUAACCGUCAUCGUGGCUUUAUUUCACCCGCUGAACUACAACAGCUCAGACAAGCCAGUCCAGGCAGAGGAACCGAUCUACACGAGUUUCACGCACGACAACCUGCAACAACCAGUGCCAGUCCUCCAGGCGAUCACGAUUCAAACCCUAGCUCUGGAGGAACAUUAGGAGGAACUCAACAGGAGGAACAGAGACCACCUACUCAAGCUACUCAAGCUACCAUGUCUCAUAACAGAACCUCGUCUUUCUUUUCUUUUCGAAAGAUACACUCAAGUGACGCGCAUGAUCACCAACAAUCUGCAGUUCCUAACCGCCGCCCAAGCACCGGCGCACCUGACCGCGACUUUGCACCACAAAAUAAUCAACAGCGCGCUCAAACAAUGGGUCCCUUGCGCUCUUCCCCAGACAAGCAGGACCCAGACAUGGCUGAAACAGCUCGCAGAACAUCUAUCACGGCCCCUCCUCUUCACCCUGAAAUACGCUCCAUUGUUCAGCUCACUGUCGCGCACGCACGCAAAGUAUACUUCAGCGGCCCUCUAGUGAAACACGUACAGCGCCAACCUGAUGGCCAACGUCCCAAAGAUGAUGGUUGGACCGAAGUAUGGGCCCAACUUGGAGGUACAACGUUGAGCAUUUGGGACAUGAAGGAGAUCGAGAAAGCAAACAAGAAAGGGCUCGAGGUCCCUCCUACGUAUGUGAAUAUAACAGACGCCUUUGUUCACGUAUUAGGUUCAGUGACUAUCCCUGAGACUGCAGAUCGUCCGCGAAAGACGUACACGAAUGUUCUCACCCUCAACACAGCAGGCUGCAAUUUGCUCUUGUUCAGCUGCCCGUCCAUACCGGCAUUGCAAUCAUGGGCGACCGCCCUCCGUUUAUCUGCAUGGGAAAAGUCUCGUCUCGAAGAAAUGUACACUGCUCAUUUGAUACGCAUAACUCUCCUCGAUGGCAAGGACACCCGCUCUACCCUCGUCCGCGGUCGAAUGGAGGGCUGGGUGCUCAUCCGCGUCGCUGGACAAACGGACUGGAAAAAGUUGUGGAUGGUCAUUUCCGGGUCGUCGCAUUCCUCGACCCUCGAUCCUGGAACACCCUCUAGUGCCACUGGCAGUGGUCCUACUCCGAAGAAGCGCAUGUCAAGUCUCUUCUCGCGGGAGCAUUCCCCUGAACCACUCCCAGUCAAGCCUCUACUCGCACUUUACGCAUCCCCAAAGCCAAAGGACAAGAAGCACCCCCUCCUUACGUUUAGGGAGGUUUCGCAGGCGUUUGCUGUGUACCCAGAACGCCCAGAGUUGAUCAACCGCAGCACGCUCAUGAAGCUUGAGGGCCUGUUUGGGGAUGAGGAUAUGGCAGGCGGGUUCAAACGGAGGGAAGGGUGGUUGCUUAUUAUGCCUGAGCUCGAGGCGGGAAAUACGCAAGCGUCCGAGAUGCUCAAGUGGCUUGUCGCCCUUCACGACGCCUUUGAGCUAUACGGACGUCCCAAGGCAUACACAUGGGACCCUCGUGACCCAAUUUCACUGAUGUUUGCUUAUCCAGUCAGUCCAAGCAAAGAUCUCCUGUUCCUUGAUCGCGAAGUUGCAGAGACCAUGGAUCCACGUGACGAUCGUACAUCUGUCAUUCGUAAUCGUCUCCUCAAUAUCCUCCACUCGCGCAUGCCCGCGGCUGUGACGCCCGUAUUGCCCUCUAUGGCUCUUGCUCAGCCCCCAUCACAGACACAGAACGGUCAGCUUGGUUAUCUCCCCACGAUCAAUUUCGACUUGUCCUCGCCACCGGACCUCACUGUCGGUCGUGUUCUCUCUCCCAUUACGGAACGGAGCAUGACGCGCGAAACGCUUGCGGAUUUCGCUCAUACGCACAGCCGCUCGAUAUCACAUGAGCAUCACGGGCCUGAGCCGAUGAUGAUUAGCAACUCGAUGUCGAGUGAGGUGCCAGAUUCUGUUGGCCCGUCGAUGAGCAGCGGGCACCAGGACUUUAUGUCGCGUUCCAUGUCCGAACAUAGCCAGCAGCAUCUGCUUUCUCCGCUCAGCCCGUUGGACCCAGUUCCAGAAAGCGCAUGUGGGACUAGUUCGAUAACAGGGCUCGUAUUGACCGGAAGCCCGCUUCCUACGACGAUUUCACUCUCCGAGUCAAAGCUUACGCCGAGCUUAGAGACUGCGCAAACGAAGAGCACAGAGGCGUCAACAAGUGCGAGUGUGGAUGUUGGCGGGUUCAAACUUCCUCUCACGCCCGAGUCUCCUGGGUCACCUACAUUUUCUACGGGCUCAACAAGUCCCAGCUCGGGAAUGGGGAGGCCGACUUCACCAGGGAUGUCUUUGACGUCUCUUGUUGCUCCUGUGCCUAUUAGGACAUCGGCUUCGAGAUCUCCCCCUCCUUCCUCCAGGCUACUUUCAAGUCUCACAUCGCCUUACUCUCCUAAAGGGAAGGAGAAGGAGCUACCUUCCAUUCAAGAUGUGCAGGAUGUCUUGCAUUUGCCGCCUGGAGCACUGUCUCCGCCCAUCACUUUACCGCUGCGUAAUGCAGGUUCACCACCUUUACCUCCCAAAGCGCACUCACCUACCCUAUCGUCAAGGUUGCCUGUUCCUGUAGCAUCAGUUCCUAUCGUUCCCACACAGCCCUCUCAACCAGUGCAAGACUCUCAGAGUAUCUUUUCGGAUGCUCUGUUCUUCAUGCAACAACUUGACGAUAAGCCCAAGAACCCGCCACGGCGCGUCCCAACAACCAUUUCAGAAGCCUCAAACUCCGACGACAGCUCAGUGUCUGACAAACCCCUGCGCUCCGCGCGUCGGGGACCGCCGAUGUCAUUCUCAGAGUUGGGAAGGGCGGAGCCUAAUAUAAGCGAACCAACCAUGAUUGGCUCGCGGCAUUCCCUCGGACGUAAGCCGUCCGGAGCACGUGUUCAGCCCACUAGCCGAGGACUAAAUGUGGAAGCCACAUUGGUUUCCUCACCUUCUUUAGAGCACGUUCACGUUCACACCAGCGGCCAGGCCAUGGCGGAUUCGCAGCAAAAGAAUAUCCAAAAGCAGAACAGCGGCGACGAUGUCAAUGCAGAUGCACUUGCAGCGUUGUCUUUCCUCGAUGGUGCACCAGAGGCGCCACCACCACCUGCUCCUGCACCCCAGCCACCCCCGCCGGCAGAACAGGACGUGUCAUCCGAGCCUACUAUCGAGGGUAGCGCUGCAUCUGAAAGCUCAGAGGGUGUCACGCAGUAUAGGUCGUCGUUUGCACCGUCCAAGCAAGCGGCACAACGAAAAGCGCGUGCACAGGCCCAGCAUCAGGCAGUGCUGCACAAGCCUGGGAGAGCGAACGGGAAGCGAGCCACGCCUGGGAACCGGCUCGCGGGGUGGAACGAGAGUAGCGAUGAAGAAGAGGAAGAGGAAGAAGAGGACGAUGACGACGACGACGCUGAUUCUGAUGAGGAACCGCCGUCCACGGCAGAGAGCAAGAAGCCGGGUCCAGUCGCGCCUGUACCGGUUGCAUCCGUCAGACCCCUGCGCCCUGGCAGUGCGGGACGUCCUGGUAGCGCGGGACGUCCUGGUAGCGCGGACCGACGUGCUGUGACGCCAGGGGAACAAGCAACCGACGCGAAUCCCUACGCGCAGCUACGACAACCUCGUAAUCUGCCGCCAGUUCCGAGGCCGAUGACACAAGGCGGUGUGCCGGAUGACUACAUGAAUGCCAUGCCACCGCCUCGACGACUCACAUCCGAUCAGCAUAUGCGAACACCAGAUGAUGCCCCUCACCUGCGCCCUCAGUCCGAAUAUACUUCCCAAGUCCUUCGACCACAGGCGGACUUUAAUCAGCACGCUGCCACUCGUCAGAGUAUUUGGACACAGGUUCUUGAUCCUGGUCGCACGCCUGGUUCUCAUCCACAACCUGAAACUCCUUCGUACCAAAGAGACCCUUUCAUCCAGUUGGAACCCGCCAAUCAUUCCAUGACGAAAGCCUUCACUCCACAUGGUCUGCUAUCCGCUGGGAUGCAGGACAAGCAGGACCGGUCAGCCAAAAGACAAGAAGAGCUUGCGCGGGAAACUGGUGCCUCCCUCAUCAAUGUCCCUAAUAAACCACCACCGCCUCAGACGGGUCUUUUGGGCGCAAUCACUGCUCAUGAGCGAGAGCGUAAACGUGAGGGCGGCGUCGGUGCUGCUCUGACGGAGCGCGAGCGUGAAAAGAGGCUCGCUGAAGACCGACAGCGCAAGAUCGACGAAUUCCAACGCAGUCAACUGGAGAUGCAGGGCAUGUAUGCGGGUGGUCAGCAGUACCCCAACAUGAUGGGCAACCCGAUGAUGGGCAAUCCUAUGAUGAUGGGGAUGAACCCGAUGAUGACUGGUGGGAACCCGAUGAUGGCCGGCGCCAACCCGAUGAUGGCUGGUGCCAACCCUAUGAUGAACGGCGCCAACCCCAUGAUGACUGGUGGAUAUAUGGGCUACCCCAAUAUGAUGCCAGGAUAUGGAAAUCCCCAGUUCUUUGCGCACCAGGCGGCUCAAGCUGCUUACCAACAAGCGAUGAUCGCUGCAUACUCUUCUGCUGCGUCACAUGUCGGCGAUGGCAUGCACCCCACGCCCAUGAAUCCCAUGAUGACCGGUAAUGGGAUGGGCUAUGAUCCUCGGAUGUCGAUGAUGGGCGUGCCGAUGAUGGGCAAUCCCAUGGGCAUGAAUCCUAUGGGUGCUGGUAUGGGCAUGGGAAUGGGAGGUGGUGGCAUGGGAGCUAUGGGAGGCGGUGGCAUGGGAGCUAUGGGAGGUGGGGGCAUGGGCAUGCAGAUGACAGGUGGUUCGGCAUUCGACGCACGAUAUUCUCCAGCUAAUAUGGAAGACCUUCGUCCCCCCGGCUCGCUCGCGCAUGGUCAACGCACUGGCCACAGCUCGUCCCGUAACAGCUCGGCUGGUCAAGGAUCGCCCGCAGGACCACGUCCCGUCGAUGCCAAAAGCUGAAUUGCAGUUUCCUGUUUAUAGGCUCCUUCUCGGUCAGGCGUGCAAAGACAGUUAAAUCAUUCACGCUUUUUAUGACGUUUACGACCAUAAAAUGCCGUUUGCCUAGUUUAUCAAUCUUCAUAGCUCCCCUCCUCAUGGACUUGGUCAUCAUUUAUCUUCUGCAUAGUUAUAUCUGGGUCCCUGACGAGAUUUGUUACGUCGUAGUAUCAGGUGUAUCUGUCGAUCAUAGACUGUCUUUUUCACUGGUGAA